AUGCCUGCUAUUGAUCAGCUAGCCGCCGCCAAGCGCACGAACCCCCUCUAUACCCCGGAGCAAGCCACUGUUAUAUUCGUCCUCGGCGGUCCUGGUGCUGGAAAAGGGACCCAGUGUGCGAAGUUGGUCCAGGACUAUGGCUUCAAGCAUCUCUCCGCGGGUGACUUGCUGCGAGAGGAGCAGGACAGACCUGGCAGCGAGUUUGGCGAUAUGAUCAAGUCGUACAUCAAGGAGGGCACCAUCGUGCCCAUGGAGGUGACGAUUCAGCUGCUGGAGAAUGCCAUGGGCGCGGCGAUUGAGAAGGAGGGCAAGAAGAUGUUCUUGAUCGAUGGAUUCCCUCGCAAAAUGGACCAAGCUCUACACUUCGAGAAGACGGUUGUUCCCUCCAAGUUCACCCUCUUCUUCGACUGCCCAGAGGACGUCAUGGAAGAGCGUCUCAUAAACCGCGGCAAGACAUCCGGUCGUGCGGAUGACAACGCCGAGAGCAUCAAGAAGCGCUUCAAGACAUUCGUCGAAACGAGUAUGCCUGUGGUAGAUGCCUUCGAGAAGGAGGGAAGGGUGGUCAAAGUCAUGGCCACGCGGAGUCCUGAGGAGGUGUACGAGGACGUCAAGGUUGGGCUGAAGACUAAAGGGAUCGAGGUCCCGACGUUCAAGUUCGUAGCUAACUAG